AUGGGCGAAGGGAGUAUUAAUAAGGGGUAUUAUCGGUUAUAUCUCCCUAUAAAUACGAUAGAGCUGAAACCCAAACUAUUCACAAAGCUUUAUAAACACGAACUCAAAGCGACGCAAGAAAAACAAGAAAUGGAAAAUGGUAGCAGGAACGUGUUGAAGCCUAUGGACUCUGAGCAACUAAGAGAGUACGGACAUCGAAUGGUGGAUUUCGUUGCCGAUUAUUACAAAACCAUCGAAUCAUUCCCUGUCCGUAGCCAAGUUCAGCCUGGUUAUCUUCAUAACCUUUUGCCUGAUUCAGCACCAGACCACCCUGAUACGCUGGAACAAGUUCUUGAGGAUGUUAAAACGAAGAUAUUGCCUGGAGUAACGCACUGGCAGAGCCCAAGUUUCUUUGCUUUUUACCCUUCUAACAGCAGCGUUGCUGGGUUCUUGGGUGAUAUAUUGAGUACGGGUCUUGGAAUUGUUGGUUUUAGUUGGAUAACUUCUCCUGCUGCCACUGAGCUCGAAAUAAUCGUUCUUGAUUGGCUUGCAAAACUUCUCAACCUACCGGAGCAGUUUUUAUCCGAAGGAAAUGGAGGUGGAGUUAUCCAAGGGUCAGCUAGUGAAUCGGUUCAUGUUGCUAUGACUGCCGCACGCGAUAAGGUCUUAAGAAGGGUUGGUAAGAACGCGCUUGGGAAGCUCGUUGUGUACUCCUCUGACCAGACACAUUCAUCUUUACAGAAAGCUUGCCAGAUAGCCGGAAUCCAUCCGGAGAAUUGUAGGGUGCUGAAAGCAGAUUCCUCUACAAAUUAUACUCUGCGUCCAGAAUUGCUUCAAGAAGCCGUUUCUCGGGAUCUUGAAGCUGGAUUGAUUCCAUUCUUCUUAGGUGCUAAUGUUGGAACCACUUCUUCAGGCGCAGUUGAUCCAUUAGCUUCACUAGGAAAGAUCGCAAACAGAAAUGAGAUGUGGUUUCACGUGGACGCAGCGUACGCUGGAAGUGCAUGUAUAUGUCCAGAGUAUAGACAGUACAUCGACGGAGUUGAAACUGCAGACUCUUUUAACAUGAAUGCUCACAAAUGGCUCCUCACCAAUUUUGAUUGUUCCCUACUUUGGGUGAAGGAUCAGUCUACUCUCACUGAAGCGUUUUCAACAAAUCCAGAGUAUCUACAAAACAAGGCCUCUCAAGCAAACUUGGUUGUUGAUUACAAAGAUUGGCAAAUCGCUCUCUCACGAAGAUUCAGAUCAUUGAAACUAUGGAUGGUUUUAAGACUCUAUGGAGCUGAGACCUUGAAGAACUAUAUAAGAAACCAUAUUAAACUGGCUACAGUUUUCGAACAACUUGUCUCUCAAGAUCCUAACUUUGAGGUUAUCACUCCUCGGAUCUUUUCUCUGGUCUGCUUCCGUAUGGUUCCUGUCGAUAAUGAUGAAAAGAAGUGUAAUGAUCGAAACCGGGAGCUUCUAGAGGCAGUGAACUCUUCAGGGAAACUCUUUAUUAUUCACACUGCUCUCUCGGGGAAAAUCUUUCUACGUUUUUCCAUAGGAGCGCCAUUGACAGAGGAGAAGCACAUAAAAGAGGCAUGGAAGGUUAUCCAGGAGGAGGCAUCAUACUUGCUUCGCAAGUAAAUACGAUGAAAAAGUAUGAUAUAAUGAAUAAAAAUAAAAUAAGCUUACCAAUUUGGUUUGGUUUUGUUGUGGUUAACUAUGUGUAACCAAUGACAAGAAGCAUCCUGUAAGCAUAUAUAAAAAUAAUCUAUUUAAGUUUUUAUCAGACAUUUUAGUAUUGAAACCCAAACAUGUAAAUCUGUUUGUGCUACUCUUCUAAAAAUACGUUUUAUUCAGUCGUCUAAUCGUUGCAUAGACAGUAGGCUUAACCAAAUCAAACUGUCUAAAUGUUUUUAUACUAUUAUAAUAAAUAUUAGGGUUAAUAAGUACUAUAGUCAGUCUCUUUGUGAGUGAUCUCCUCCACGUGAUUGUUAACCAUCUUCAUCCUCUGUUUUUUAAGUAAACAACCAUAGUAAGUUAAAACCAGAAGACAGGAAAGAAU